AUGGACAACGACGGGAGCCAGUUCUCGUACCGGCAGGACAACAAUGAGCUGGCAGUAACAAGUGACAACUUCUUUGAUCAGUUUGUCAGCUUUGACUCUGGCGAUCCAUCACUAAUGGGCGGUAACCCUCUCGAAAAUCCGCCUAGUCCAUCCAUUCUCCUUGACACCAUCGACAGUAACUUGACCAAUUCGUCCUCUAAUAACCAGGAGCUGCACUUUAAACAAUUUGAAGUUGAGGGAGAGAGCGCAGCUACGAGCGAUUAUCUCACGAUACCCCCUUAUGCUACGAUAGCCGAACAAAGCAACUCCGGUCCGGCAGUACUUACAGCUCUGGCGGCAGACCCGAUAUUAAAUGUUGGUUCGGUAUCUGGUUCGGAGCUCCUGCGCCUCGAGGGGAUCUCGUUACAAUCACUAAAAGGGAACCUUACAGCACUUCCAAGCCUACCUUUCGACAAUGCAAAGUUCUUGAAUCCACACAAGCACAAUCAGUUCCGCGAAUCGGUUCACGCCACAACACAGCAUGUUGCCCAUUAUCCAAAGCCGCAAAGGCCUGGUCAGACGAAUAUAACAGCAAUGGGUGCAUUUCAGGGUGAUAUGAGACCAUAUUAUAAACUUGAAAGCUUAGACAUCAACGAUUAUAAUAGGGACAUAUUAGACAUGGAGCAGGCGCCAAUUGACAGCAAUGAUCUGCUCUUAUCGCCACUGUCAACAGGUAAAAUCCCUGAAGAACACCAGUCUAGAAACAUGCGCUUUGUGAGCGGCCACUUAGACGACCCCUUCAGUAAGGACAUACUGGCACCACCCGCAGUCCUCAACCCGGCCAAAAAUCACAAUACCGACACGCCAAUAAACACGCCGAUAAUCAAUAGGGACUUGUUCUAUCAACAUCCAAUAGCCUCCCUGGACAUGUACACAAGUCCCUACCAGCAACAGCCAAAGCAACAGCGGAGCACGAGUUCGGCCGAGUGGUCCAUGGAGGGUCUCUUCAACAGCAAGGACGCCGAUGACGCCAACCUGUUGUACUCUUCCUCGCCAUCGGCAGCGUAUAUCCCCGACAGCGGCAACAUGCCGAGUCCACGGUGGUGGGAGACACACCACGCCGACACCACCCAUAACGGCGAUGCAGCCCAUUCAGACCACAAUACCCACUACACCAAUGGCGCCCACAGCAACAACGCCUCCCUCAAAGUUUCGAUGUACAACCAGCAGCAAACUGAGCUGCCCCAUGAGUACAACACGGAGCUCUCAGGGCAGGCGUCGCGUUUCUCGCUAGCGACUCCCCGCUCAUCCCACCACUACCACAACCGCCACAGCGAGCGGCGACCCCUCCCCCGCGCGCCGUCCUCGGGCGCCCGCCACCGCGGCUCCCUCACCUCGCCGCGCAAGCUGCACCGCAGCCGGGCGUACCUCCGCGAGGAAUCCACGUCGCCGACGCCACACGCGCGACCGCCAGGGCUUGGGCUUGGGCAAGGGCAGCAGCGCAGCCACUCAAGCUCGGUGCGCAAGCGGCGGCCGCGCACGCCGACUUCGAAGUCUGGCGGUUUUGGGUCUAUUGGAGGGGGUGGAGGAAUGGGCAUGGGUGGGGGCGGCAGUGGGAUCGAGUUUGUCAACUUCACACUAUCUGACAAGGAUAUGCUGAUGGCGGGCGUGGCGCCCAGCGGGUCUAGCACGACGAGGACGCGCCGCGAGAAAGAGGCCAUGGAGAAGGGGCGGAAGAUGAGCGAGGCGGCGUUGAAGGCCGUGCGGGCUGCUGGCGGGGAUAUUAAUAGGCUUGUAGAGGAGGGGUUUGUGAUGUGA